GGGCUCCCGGCGGGGAGAGGCGGACGGUGCCGUCGGGGCCGCCGUCGGCGAGCGGGGCGAUGGGCGGCGUGCGGGUCCCCCGCGGGGCCGCCCUGCGGGCCCUGGUCUCGCUGGCCGCCGGGCUGCUGGCGAGCGGUGGGGCCAGCGAGUACGACUACGUCAGCUACCAGUCCGACCUUGGCCCCUACCCCGGCGGGCGCUUCUACGCCAAGCCCCACCAGUGCGUGCCCAUCCCCGCCGACCUGCGGCUCUGCCACAGCGUGGGCUACGACAAGAUGGUGCUGCCCAACCUGCUGGACCACGAGACCAUGGCUGAGGUGAAGCACCAGGCCAGCAGCUGGGUGCCCCUGCUCAACAAGAACUGCCACAUGGGCACCCAGGUCUUCCUCUGCUCCCUGUUUGCCCCUGUCUGCCUGGACCGGCCUGUCUACCCGUGCCGCUGGCUCUGCGAAGCCGUGCGUGACUCCUGUGAGCCCGUCAUGCAGUUCUUUGGCUUUUUCUGGCCUGAGAUGCUCAAAUGUGACCAGUUUCCCCAGGAUGAUGUCUGCAUUGCCAUGACUGCUCCCAAUGCCACCGAGGUCUCGAGGCCCAAAGGAACGACUGUGUGUCCCCCCUGUGACAACGAGAUGAAGUCGGAGGCCAUCGUGGAGCACCUGUGUGCCAGCGAGUUCGCUCUCAAGAUGACCAUAAAGGAAGUGAAGAAGGAGAAUGGGGACAAGAUGAUUGUUCCGCGGAAGAGGAAGGCGCUGAAGCUGGGGCCCAUCCGGAAGAAGAACCUGAAGAAGCUGGUGCUGUUUUUGAAGAAUGGGGCCGACUGCCCCUGCCAUCAGCUGGACAACCUCGGCCACUACUUCCUCAUCAUGGGCCGCCAGGUGAAGACCCAGUACCUGCUGACAGCCAUCUACAAGUGGGACAAGAAGAACAAAGAGUUCAAGAAGUUCAUGAAGAAGAUGAAGUCUCCCGACUGCCCGACAUUUCCGUCCGUUUUCAAGUGAUGCAGUGGGAGGCGGGAGAGCCGCUGCCUGGACCUGGCGCAGCCAGCACGGCAGCUCGGUCCCGCUCCUCUGCAGCAGGGAUGCUGGAGCCGAGCCCUCCUGCUCCUUCCUCUGCUCCUCGGAGCUUCCCUUGCCGUUCCCAGACCUCCCACCUCCCUGCUGCCGGCAUUUUCCUGGUUACCCAGGUGUGCAAGUGAGACACGUGUGCACCAAACGGUCACCAAACGUGCUUCACACCCACAAUAUCUAAGGACCUGUUGCCAUACGGAUACGUACGUUAAUUUCAAUAGCAGCUGUCAGGUAAAGAGGGCAGGCAGAGGGGCCUGGAGUUAAGUCAAGAGGUUACACGAUUGCAGCAAGAACCCUUGUGACCAUGUUUACUCCUGUCUUCAUGGCUGCAGGGUUGCGUCAAAUCAAUUCCUUUUUUUAACCAGAGCUGGCCAAGUAGAAAAACAUCCCAUCCUCACAAUGAAAGCUAAUAAAUUAGGGGUGGAGAACCUGUUACAACCUCUGAUGAAAUCUAGUAGCUAAUUGCCCUCACUGUAAAAAAAUCCCAUUUUAGUCUAAACCUGCUUAGUUUAAGCCUUAACCCUGGGGUCCUUGUGAUACCUUGACCAGCUGGAUCAGGGAGCUCUCCCUCACCAGCACCUCCUGUAACCUGUCACUGGGACACCGGCCCUGGCCUCUGCUGACUCCCUGAGCCCAGAGCUGCUCGUUCUCCAGCCCAUGAGUCCCUGCCUUCUCUGGCAGUGCAGCGGCCCCACCGCAGGGCUGGGGCAGAGGGGGCUGCCUCCCCCUGGCCCCUAAGCCUCCCCCUGGCCCCUUAGCCUCCCCUGGCCUCCCCCUGGCUCCCCAGCCUCCCCCCAUCCCCCUGGCCACCAUCCCUGGCUGCUGCUGCAUGGGCCCAGAUGCACAAUUCAGUUUUAUCCAUGUGCAAAUGUGUCCCGUUCCCUGGCCAGUCCUGUGGCCUGGGCCUCCUCCAGACGGCUCCUCCAGCACGUGGCACUCCCUCACUUUACCACUGAUGUUUUUAUAGUUCCUUCAGGCUGCUGGCAGAAUACCAGAUCGCAGAAGGCCAGGAGCUGGUCCCUGUGGAGCACCAUGGGAAAUGCAUCGUCUCCGUCUUCCCCUCUGCAGUCGCCGUGGGACCUCUCAGUUUCUAGGUUUUUGUCUGUUUGAUGUGUGACAACUUGGCUUUGUAUCAUUCUGGGUUGUGUUUUUUUUCCUUAAUCAAAAUGUCAUGUUAGUGUGAGGUCAAAUAGUUUAUGAAAGACAAAGAAUAUUGCAUCCAAAUGAUUACAUUUAUCGACCAAGCUGAAAUUCAUUAUUCCAUUAAUUGCACAAGUUCUCUUCCACACACCCGCAUUGCUCCACAUUAAUUUACUAUCCCACUUCCAUUCAGCAUUCUCAUCAGUCACAAUUACUCUUGAGAGAAUGAGUAUCUUGUGAUCUGAGAUAAUCCUGUUGUGUUGCAGUUAAGAGAAAUAACAAAUCCUCAUUUUUGAGGCUUAAACCAACCCCACUGAAAGCUGGUAAAUUAAUUACUCUUGAGCUCGGGAGUGCUGUUUGUUCCCCACAUGGGGACGGAGCUGCAGACCUGAUUGUAGAGGAAUUCCGUGAAGAGGCUGAGGGCUCUGAGGAAUGAUGCUUCACAGCUAACAGAGAGAUGGGAUUUAGGACAUGAACUCUGUACUAGGUUGCCUUAGACCACCAUUUGUAGUAGUGUUGUUUCUUUGAUGCAAAAUUAAUUAUUGUAGAUAAUGUGCUUUAUCAUUGAAUUAAAGAAAUAAAUAAACCAUAGGCUUUACUAUCACAGAUUGAUGAGGUGAAACAGUGUGGGGGGGGGGGCUGACAAAGCCAGCCCUGUCAGCAGCAGGUGGUGGCCCAGAGCUGGGACAUGUUGAGCUGAAAGGCUGGUUGUCUUGGAACAAGGUCAGUGCCCGGCGCAGCCCUGUGGGGGCCAGGCCAGGGCUGGGAGCCUCCAACUGCCCCCAGGUUUCCUUCCACAGCCGGCAGCAGUGGAAUUGGUUUUGUGUGGGGGAGAGAUGCUUUAACAUUUAUUUGGGCUGGGGUUUUCAUGCUAUCACCCACUGGGGCUGAAGAAAUCCCACACCUUGGAGCUACCCAUGGGAAGAACAAAUUAGCACUGUAAUGACCUACUUAAAGCAUAACAUAAUUGUGUGUUACUGGUUGCUCUGUCAGUUAUUUCAGACACCCCUCUGACCCUGGAUGUUUGUCCUUGAAAAGCUGAUUAGAGCUGCUGAGCAGAUCAGCACAUUUUACUUCAGACAUGGCAUUUUGGGUAUUUCCAUGUACCUGGGAAGUAUUUUUCCAUUCUCUCACCAAACUGCUCCAUGGUCUGUCAGCUGUUCCUGCGUGAAUCCAGUGGAUAGGUUCACCAGUCCUCUCUCCACUUCCCUUGUACUCCCUUGGUAUGUUGAGGCAACAUCAUGUUUUAAGCAGUUAAGGUAUCUUUACAUUUUGUUUUACUGUUGUUUUAGAUAGUUAAUUCAGAAAGUGUGGCAGAUGAGAGGGGACUGUGUUUCUUUCUGGAAGUUUUGAAACAGAGGAAAUGUAAAAGACCAGUGAGAAUCAACACUGUAGGGAACUGCCUUCUCUGGACAGUGAACAAAAGCAUGAGACUUUUCAUUACUGUAGCUGGCAUGAUUUUUUGUUUCUAUGAACAUUCUUACACUUUUAAAGGCUGACAGUUACAGCAAUUAGCAGUAUGAAAGCUAAUGCAGCCUUUACUGUAGAAAGAAAUCUGGCGUGGAAGCACAUGCUAAAUGUCUGGAAAUUGGAGCUUUUUCCCUGUCCUAUCACUUCAGGGUGAGCUUGCUUGCAAUUAGAAGGUUUGGUGGGUUAUACUGGGAAAUCACCACCUCAUGGAAGGGUGAACAUGGAGGUGCUGAAACACCCACAUCAGCAUCUGAGGAGACUCCGGGCAUGCUGAUGUGUUUGGGGGAGAGCAGGGUCUGGUGUGGCAAAGAGCAUGGCCCAGCCCUGCUGGACCUCUGCAGAGGGAUGGACCAGCGUGAGGGAGGAGGUUGGCAGAGGUGGAGGGGCAGGAGGGCAGCAAGGGAUCGGGGUCUCGUGGGGAGCAGCCCUGCUUCCCCAACACCUCCAAUUCCUGCAAACCCACCAGGGGAUCAGGAAUGAAAGGGCUGAGGGGCUGUUACAUGGUUGGGGAAGCUCUGCUCUGGUUUAAGGGCUUUGCUCACCUCAUUUACCAUGGAGAUGUGAGGAGAACAGCUCAAGCUACUUGCAGACUACUUGAAGGGCAGAUAAUUGAGAUAUAAUCAUGAUGGAGCCUGCAGAAGCACACAGGCCUGGCGAGGAGUGCUGGUGGUGGGUAAGUGCCUCAGCACAGGCACAAGCACGUGAGAGGAGCCAGGAGAUGCUGCUGUCUGUGGGAACCCCUUGCAUGAGCACAACGCCUGCCACUGCUUUUCUCCAAGUGUAUUUUGAUGAACAAAUCUUUACUUGAUUGUUUGACUUUGUUUUAAACUUGUGGUUGAUAUAAACACAUUAUGGCUUCUGUUUUCUCUCUUCUAUGAUUGGAACAAGAAACCCCUCAAUAAAAUGACUUUUUUCUUUGA